AUGAGCGAGGAAGGGUCGGGAGCAGAAGAAGACGACGUGGAGAGGAUAGGGCUGAAGCUUCCCGAGAUCGCGAACCCUUUCAAAAAGGCUUUCGAUGCCGGGCAGAACUUACGAUCUACGCUAGCGGACACGCUGGGGCAGAUCACGGGCACGGCCAGCCCGCUGGAGGGUGUCAAGAUCAGGAGUCUCGAGGAGUACGAGAAGAGACUAUACUCGCCGUUCGACAGCGAGGAAGAGGUGCCGACGGUGCUAGUGGUGGGGGCUACGGGAGAGAUGGGGAGGGUGGUAGUGAGAAAACUACUCCUUAGAGGGUUUUCUGUGAGGGUGCUGGUGCGAAACUUGUACUCUAGCACGCUGGACCUUCUGGGAACGGGUGCCACCUUCGCCCAGGGGGACCUGACGAACUACCGCAGCAUCGUCGAUGCCGUGUCUGGUGUGGACAAGGUUAUCUUCUGUGCUCAAGCGAGGGAUCCGGAGCAGGCAGAGCUUGUGGAGUUCGAGGGUCUACGGAAUCUGUUAGCGGCGUUUCAGGACCAGCGGGUGGCCCUCUACGGAGAUCCGUACUCCACCAAGAAGACGUUGUUCCGGUUCAACCGAGAGGCGGACCGCGAGCUGUGGGCGGUGGACCAGGACUCCCAGCAAAGCGCCAUGUGGAAGUCGAACAAGUUCGGAUACGGGACGUUCGGCAGCACCCGCAUGUACGAGUCCGGGUACGCGACGGUGGAGUCUCAGCAGAUCAAGCUCAACCUCUCCGGGUUCAGCGGUCUUGCUGUCCGCUGCUGCGGAGACGGGAAGCCGUACCGCUUCAUCCUCCGGGAUAAGCAGUACGAAGAAAACGGCAUCCAGUUUGAGACGGUCAUCCAGACGAAGCCGAACAAGUGGCAGACGCACCGCCUCCCCUUCUCCGCGUUCGACGCCUACCUCUACGGCCAGGUGGUGCAAGCUGAGGCGGGUAUGGAAGUGGACCGAGCAUCGGUGCAGCAGCUGGCGAUAGGGUACAAGCGCGAGCCGGUGGACCCGUUCAACUUCAUCCUCUCCUUGCACUUUGUCAAGGUUUAUCGUACCCAGAUCGAGCCCGAGUUCAUCUACGUGUCUUCUGCCGGGGUGCCACCGAUGACUGACAGCAACUACGACCGCAUCCUCGAUACCCUCAAGCACGAGAGCCCGAAAUGCUACUACAACGCCAGGGGGGAGGAGCUGCUGCGCAAGUCGGGGCUGACGUACACGAUCAUCCGCGUGGAGGGUUUCAACAACCUUCCGGGAGGCAUUCAGGCCAUAGAGAUCAAGCAGGACCCGGAGAAUGUGAGCAAGGUUUCGAGGGCCGACGCGGCAGAGAUCACGGUGCAGUGCUUGCUGGACCCGCGAGCGUGCAACCUGGCGCUCUACACGACGACCGCGAGGCAAGCGCCUUCGGCGGCAAAUCCGGACCAGAAAAUGACGACACAGCUUAGCCGCCUGAGGCCGAACACGUAGAUACAGCGGUGGCGGUGGCGGCAGAGCGCGGAGCUUAGCCCCGAGUUCAUUCACGUUUACGACGGUGGUGUGGCAACGAUGACCGGGUUAUUGCCUCUGGGUCGGCGGGGGGCACCCGCGGAAGAAGAAUGAAAAACACGGUGUAACAGCCGGGGGGAGGAGGGGGAGGUCGGGUUGAAAAUGUCUGUGUUCGACUUUUUUCAGACCUGCAUAAGACACGUGAGAAAGCAUGGCCGUGAUGCAAUAUGGCUCUGUUCUUACGACGGCUAGGCAGCGGCCGCGGCAGAACAGCCCGAUAGUAGUCUGCGGAGGAACGCACGUGUGCCUCCGUCAGCGGCAUCAGAGGGGAGGGCGAGGAGGAGAGACGGGAGGCCGGACCCGACAGAGAGGAAAGUAACACGCACGCGGGGCCGCACGCCACGAUGACCCAAGCGCCUUGCCUUGCAAUCGUAGCGUGCGACGGGGUCCACGUCGAGUUUUUGUCACAUCUACCAAGAUAAGCGGAUAGAGUCAACCUCUCUCUCAUCGGAGGUGGGGGAUGUUAACUAAUAGAGACACAGAAGACAUGAUCGAAAAAACGCUGAACGUGUCUCUCUAAGGAACGGCGAUUUUUGUUUGAGGCGUACAGUGGUAGUCGUUAGGAAAGGGUUGGUUUGCCUGCGCGUUCCCGACAUUGUUGGGGUGGACGGGUGCGGCGUAAACAGACCGGGGGGGGAGGGGGGCACGCAGACUUGUCCAUUGGCCGGCAGGGUGGCGCCGGCCGUUGUGCUGUGCCUUGAUAAAACGUUCGGCCAUUUCGAUUACCUCCCGACACGAUGAUGGAGAGGGUGGAUGCGCAUGAUGUGCCUCUCCUGCUUCAACUGACGUUUUUAUUUCUCCCCAGAAUAGCUGGCGAUCAAUGUAAUUAGGUCGUCGAGCGUGUUGCAUUCGGUCCCGUUUGAUGGGACGACCUAUCACUAGAAUCAGGGAAAAGUCCCCCCCCCCCCCGCUUUGUAGAUGCGCUCGCAAUUCAGAUGAACCCUGAAGGCGGUGGUCAAGGAUUUGUUUUCUCGAGCGUUGUUUUGUCUCUUUCGUUCUGCUUGCUGGGCGAGGGAUAGCCUCCGUGCGAUCAUUGUUUUUCGAGAGGUACGUCGGGUAGCGACCGGGGCUGCCAUACGCGUGUGAACGCCUCUCGAAGCUGUACCGUGGUCGUUAGUGAGAGUCGUGACAACGGGGUCUUGAUUCGACAUUUCGAAGAAGCUUCUUCUUCUGUGCUUCUCGCCCCCCGGCAGACCGGUGAUUGGUGUGCCUGCUGUUGUAGUUGGGGAUACAUGCAUGCAUGCGUUGCACGGAUCAAGGUCGAGUCGGCUCCCGAGGUUGCACCCUAGACUCGAGUGAGUUUGAUGUUGUUUCU